ACCGCUCGGACGCAAUAGAAGUAUUGCUUGGCAGUGCUGUGGUCUAUGCCUUUGCUUCUAUUGUGUGGGAUGGACUGCUCUCCUGGAAACUAGCAUAUCCUGACCCUCAGAGGCACUGCAGACUGGCAUCAGCAAUGAUUCCAUUCUGCAUGCUGUGCGUGGCGAUCGGCAUAUUCCUCAUCGGCUGUUUGCUAUGGUAUGCAGAACGGUCGGAGAAUCAAAGUGCGGCUUACUUCCUUGGUUUUCAGUUGGUUGCAUGCUCGUGCCUGGCCAUAGGCUUUACUCUGCAGUUGGUAGCACCCGAGGAGAGUGCUCCGGAAUCUGACACGGCUCCUGGUACCAAGUGAUACCCAAGUGGAACCCAAGUGGAAUCAGGUAGCUAGCGUUCACGAAAAGCAGCUAGCAAAGGGGAGUGGGAAAGUUGGUACCACACUUGUUGGACGCAUGUAACCGCUAAAUGUGC